AUGCCAAUGUCUGUACCAAUCCAAAUGCAUCAAAUGAACAUGGGUGUAAACAACAACUGUGAAAUGGAUCAAAUGAUGCAUCCGAUGCAUAACUUCCCAAUGAAAUGGGAACCUUGUACUCCACCGGAUGAAAAACCUCCUGCUUCGUUGUUAUUUCCUCCUCUGCCCGGAAUGUUCAAUCAGUCACGACACAGUAGCAACGGAGAAGACUAUCAUGGAUCUUCAUCUGGUAGCCCAUCUUCUUCGCUUUCUUCACCAAACGAGUUCAAAGACGAGCCACUUGGUCUUGAUGUUCAUUUCGGUAGCGCUCUUUUUAAUGCACCAUUCAGCCCAUCUGCCACUUCUUCACAUAGCCCCUCUUACGGAAUGAUUAACAGUGGUCACUCGAUGGCUCCACAGCAACAUUCUCCACUGCCUUCGGUCGCGCACUUCUCUCACAAUCACCACCUUCAUCAUCAUGUUGUUCAACAUCAUCAGCCUAGCCUGCAAAUGAGUAUGAAUCAAGUGUUCACAAACCCCGGUCAUCAAUAUGUCACCAGCGUACCACACAAUUUUCUUUUCAAAGAUUCAACGAUUUAUGAAGGAAUGGACGAAGAAGAGCAAGAUAUGGCACUUUCAAGUGAGAUGUUUCUAGCCGCCAAUGGGGACGAAGGAUCGGAAGGUAGCAAAGAAAUGAUGGAUGUUGAUGAGUUAUUAUUGUGUGGUAUGGGAUUAGCUGCCGCCCAACAGCAAUUGAAGGCGAGAAACAAAAUGCACGAAAUGGCUCUUCGACAACAACUAAUCUCUGAUCAGAACAUGUCGACGAAUGGAGAUUUGAUGCUCUCUGCAGAAGAACGGAGAACGCUAGUACAAGAAGGCUAUCCUAUCCCUCAAAAGUAUCCACUGUCCAAAAGUGAAGAAGAGUCGCUAAAAAUUGUUCGUCGGAAGAUUAAGAAUAAGCUUUCUGCUCAAGAGUCUCGACGAAAACGAAAAGAGUAUAUUGAUGCCCUCGAGAGUCGUUUGCACUGCUUCAGUGAAGAAAACAAAUCUCUCAAACAACAAGUUCAUCAGUUAGAAGCUUCAAAUCGUGAUCUUCAACAGAAGUUACAUCAAUACGAAAAGAUGCUACUCCGAUUCUUUGUUCUUUUCAUUGUUUCUCUGAUUGUUCUUUCCCAUGCAUCAGAAGGAGGUUCACCACCUCCUCCACCACCAAAUGGAACAAAUAUUGAUCCACCGAUGGGAAAUGGAACAGAACCUUCUGGGCCAAUGAAUGGAACUGAUAUUGCCCAGGAAAAUGGAAAUAAGACUGGUGGAGUAAUAGAUUGGAUCAAAUCAAAACUUGGAAAAUAG